UGGAACACUUACACACUGCUGGUGAGAAUGUAAAAUGGUACAACCACUUUGGAAAUCGAUUUGGCGAUUCCUAAAAAAACUAGAAAUCGAACUACCAUACGAUCCAGCAAUCCCACUCCUUGCAAUAUAUCCUCGAGAAAUAAGAGACUUUACACGAACAGAUAUAUGCACACCCAUGUUCACCGCAGCUCUCUUUACAAUAGCAAAAACUUGGAUGCAACCAAGGUGGCCAUCAACGGAUAAAUGGAUAAAUCAAUUAUGAUAUACUCACACAAUGGAAUACUACACAUCAAUAAAGAACAAUGAUGAAUCCAUGAAACUUCUUAUAACACGGAGAAAUCUGGAAGACAUUAUGCUGACUGAAAUUAGUCAGAUGCAAAAGUACAAAUAUUGUGUAAGGCCACUAUUAUAAGACCUGGAGAAAUAGUUUAAACAGAGAAGAAAAUGUUCUUUGAUAGUUCUAAGAGGGUGGAGGGAGGGAGGGAGGGAGAGGGGUUUUCACUAAUUAGAUAGUAGAUAAGUUUUUCUUUUAGGUGAAGGGAAAGACAACACACAAUACAGGAGAGGUCAACACAACUGCACUAAACCAAGAGCAAAGAAGUUUCCCGAUUAAACUGAAUGACUAGAAGGCCAGCGUAGCACGGGCGGGAGUUUGGACACCAUGGUUUCAGGAGACAUCUAAGUCAACUGGCAUAAUAAAUCUAUUAAGAAAACAUUCUGCAUCCCACUUUGGAGAGUGGCCUCUGGGGUCUUAAACGCUAGCAAAUAGCCAUCUAAGAUGCAUCAACUGGUCUCAAUCCACCUGGAGCAAGGAAGAAUGAAGAACACCAAAGACACAAGGUAAUUAUGAGCCUAAGAGACAGAAAGGACCACACAAACCAGAGACUACACCAACCUGAGACCAGAAGAGCUAGACAGUGCCUGGCCACAACUGAUGUCUCCCUUGACAGGGAACACAACAGAGAAGCUCUGAGAGAUCAGGAGAGCAGUGGGAUGCAGACCCCUAAUUCUCAUAAUAAGACCAGACUUAAUUGUCAGAAUGGGACUAGAAAGACCCCAGAGGCUACAGUCCCCAGACCUUCUGUUAGCCCAAAAUAGGAACCAUUCCCAAAGCCAACUCUUCAGACAGGGAUUAGACUGGAAUAUGGGAUGGAAAAUGAUACUGGUGAAGAAGGAACUUCUUGGAUCGAGGGGACACAUGAGACUAUGUUGGCAUCUCCUGUAUGAAGGGGAGAUGAGAGGGCAGAGGGGGUCAGAAGCUGGCCGAAUGGACACGAAAAGAGAGAAUGGAGGGAAGGAGUGUGUUUUUUCAUUAGGAGGAGAGCAAUUAGGAGUUUUUAGCAAUGUAUGUAUAAAUUUUUGUAUAAGACACUGACUUGCUUUCUAAACUUUCACUUGAAACACAAAAAAUAUUAAAAAAAAAAAAAAAGAAAUCAAAUGAUGUAUUGCACCGGGCAAACCUGCUGCAAAAGACCUCUUUAAAGUGCUAAAAGGCAAAGCUAUCACUUUAACGACUAAGGUGCACCUUACCAAGCCAUGCUGUUUUCAGGCACCUCAUACGCAUGAGAGAGCUGGACAACGCACACGGAAGACCGACGAACUGAUAACUUUGAAUUAUGGUAUUGGAAAAGAAUAUUGAAUAUACUGAUUGCUGGUGGAACAAACAAAUCUGUCUUGAAAGAAGUACAGCCAGAAUGCCCAUUACAAGAAAUAAUGUCCAGGUUUGGUCUCAUGUUCUUUUGACAUGUUAUCAUGAGGGAUCAGUCCCUGGAGAAGGAUAUCAAGCUUGGUCAACAAGAGGGUCAUCGAAAAAGUGGAAGACCCCCAACGAGAUGGAUUGACGCAGUGGCUGCAACAAUGGGCUCCGGCAUAACAAUGAUUGUGAGGAUGGUGCAGGACCAGGCAGUGUUUCACACUGUUGUACACAGGAUCGUUAUGAGUCACAAUUGACUCAAUGAGAUCUAACAAUAAAGAAAAGGAUUAGGAUUUUGAACAUGCCAAACUUGAUGUAUCUAUUAAACUUCCAUGUGGAGAAUCUAACAAUCUGGAGUGAUCCUGUCUAGAGAUAUGCAUUUUGGAGUCCUCAGGGAGGGUGGACACUACAACUGUCGACAGACCAAGUGACAAGAUAGGAAUGGCCAUGUGAGGAGCUGGGCGGGAGGGUAGCUAGAAGGGAUUAAUGAAUGCUGAGGCAACAAGCUGCGUAGAUCACAAACGGGCCUAUGACAAUGCAUCUGUAGGCGCGGUAGCCCUAUUAAAAAAAACACCACAGGAAACCUCUACAUCGUUGCACAAAUAAUUAUAUGACAUGAGAUACGGAGUAUAAAGAGAAUCCCAGAUGCCGUGAGGAAGAACAGUAAUGGCCCGGAAGUAUACUUUCUGAAGAAGUUACAUUUGAUCAGAGACCUGAAAGAUUGGUAAAAUCUAGUUAGCAGUCGGGGCUGGAGAGGGACAAUUUAGGAUGAAUGGAACAGUAGAGACGACAGGGUAUUUGCAGUUUCCUUAUGAUUGCAGUCCAGAGAGUGAAACAGGGAAAGUAAUAACUGAAGUUUUAGGCGCCAGAUAAUGGAAGACUGAAUAGGCUGCAUUCAGAAUUUGGAACUUCUCCUAAAACUAAUGGGAAUUCAUGAAAGGAUUGUAAACACGGGAGUCAUUUGAUUUAUUUUUGCAAGGAUAUUCUGUUUAGAGUGUGAAGAAGUGAACACACAGAGAGGUCAAGAUGGAUGUGGCAAGAUGCAGGCCAAUGUCAGACUUCCUGCAGGAGGAGAAGAGAACGUGAAUAUUCAUUCACUGUUUCUUUUUCUGUCUUAUGGCUCAAACCCCAGUUCAUGACAGCGUUUGCGAUCUCAUGCUUUGGACUACUCAUUUCGAAAUUCUCAGUUCUCUUAAUUCUUCCCCCAAAUACUACACAUAAAGCUAGUACGAUAAAAAAUAUUUUGAGUCUCAGAAUUGCCGUGGUAAUAAAAUAUAUAUGCCAAUGGAAUUAUAAAAAAUUUCCAACAUUAACAUUUUAACUUGUGUUUAGAAAACUUAGCAGUAAGAUUUAAUAGCACUGCAAAUUUUUAACAACCAAAGAUGAUAAAUACAGCAACAGGAGACCUGUAGCUGUGUAAACAGUCUACUCAAAGAAGCUUGGCUUUAGAAUUCUGCCAUAGAUGCCAUGAAAAAACGGGUGGAUCUUGGAGAAUGACAGUGGAUUAUUGAAAACUUAACCAGGUGGUGACUGCUACUACAAAAAUACCACAAGAAGAUGUCUUUAACAAAAAGAAAUUUAUUCUCUCACAGUUGAAAAGGCUAGAAGACUAAAUUCAGGGACUAGCUCCAAGGGAAGGGUCUACGGGAAAGUCCUUGUCAUCAAUCUUACCCUGGGUCCAGGAGCUUCUCAGUGGAGGGACCCUGGGUCCAAAGUAGGCGCUCCUCUUCUGUUUCUUCUUCCUUGGUGGUAAAGAGAUCCCUUCAGACUAAAUUAUGACAUAAGGCUGGACAGUUGAUACACCCCCGAGGCAGAAGAGUAAAGGUGUACUGCUGACCUUGCCAGCUUAAGGCAAAUGGCUUCUGGAGGUCCUUUGAAACAGGUAUGGAGAAAAAGGCAUUACACACAUCAACAGGUCCAUACGAGGUACCAGGAGAUAUAUUUAAUUUGCUAAAGCAAUGAAACCACAUCUGGAACAGCAGCUGCAAUAGCAGUCACCACCUGGUUAAGUUUUCAAUAAUCCACUGUCAUUCUCCAAGAUCCACCCGUUUUUUCAUGGGCCACAUACGCAAGUUGAAUACAGAUGUGGUGGGAAUCAACACCCCUGGAUCCUUCAAGUCCAUGAUGGUGGCAAUAAUCUCUCCAAUCCCUCCAGGAAUGCAGUAUUGCUUUUGGUUUCCUAUUUUCCUAGGUAGGGGCAGUUCUAAUGCCUUCUGCUUAGCCAUUCCUACCAUAAUAUCCUUUGCUCCACAUGUCAGGGAGCCAACGUGUGGGUUCUGCCACUUGCUGAGUAUGACUACUCCAAUUACACAUUCUGGAUCUGGGGAAAUCACUACAGUACGGGUUUGGGGACCCACUAGACCCACUGUGAGACGGGCAUGAGCUAACACUCCAUUAAUAAAUUGACCUCUAUAUGCCCUCACUCUAACUAGUCCUUGUGCCUCCACACCUGCAGAAUCUAAUUGCAGGUCAGACUCCACAUCCUCGCCCAAAUCCAAACCCGACACAGUCUUGGGUUCCUUUCCCACACACUGCUUUGGCAGGGGUGGCUUGGCUUUGGACUCCAAUUUGGACUGGCUGAAAUCUGAGCUUGGCUCAUCUCUUACUCUCACCUUAAUCUCACAGAGUAAAAGUCUUUACCCAUAGCUAUCAAUUCCAACUCAUAGUGACAUUACAGGACAGAAAACUGCCCCACAGGGUUUCUGAGGCUUUCAUCUUUAUGAAAGCAAACUGCCACGUCUUUAUUCCAUGGAGGGGCUGGUGGGUUCAAACCACCGACCUUUUCCGUAGCAGCUCAGUGCUUCACUACUGCAUCACCAGGGAUCCUUAGAGUCUUUCCAAACACCUAAAUGAUAGUGUUGGCAAAGAAUAUUGAAUAAUAUACCACAGACUGCCGAAAUAAACCAAUAGGUCUUACAAGAAGUAUGGCCAGAAUGCUCCUUGGAGGGCGGAUGGGAAAACUUCACCUCACUUACUUUAGACAUGUUACCAAGAGAGACCAAUCCUCCUGGACAUUACGUUUGGUAAAGGACAAGGUCAGCAAAACAGAGGAAGAGCCUCAACAAGAUGGACUGACACAGUGGCAUCAACAAUGGCCUCAAACAUAGGCUACACUGAAAACAUUGGUGAAAAACAAGGCUCUAGGAAUUAAACACUAGUUGAGAUGUUUCAACAAAUGGAUGCAGCAAUGGAGGUACUCAUGCAUCUAUGGCAAGAAAUUUGGAUGUAAGCUAACUGCCCAACCAACUGGAAGAGAUAUAUGCGCCCAUCCCAAAGAAUGGUGAUCCAACAGAAUGUGGAAAUUAUCAAACAGUGUCAUUAACAUCACAUGACAGUAAUAUUUUGCUAAAGGAUUGGGCCACAUACACUGACCAAAGCUGAGGGGGCAGGGCUGCCACGCUCAACAGGCAGAAGAAUGGGCCCAGCUAAGGCCGAAUGGAUAGAGUCGCCACUCAGAUGGACUAGGAGAAUGGGGCUGCCCGAAGCUGAUGGAACAGAGUUGCUGUUCCAGUGGGCCUGGGAGGAAGAACUGAAGUUCAAGUCCUAAGGGCCUUCAGCCAGAAUCCAGAGAUUGUAGCCAGCACUUAGCAUCUGGAGGGCAGGGCCAUUGCCCCGAUGGUCUCUCAGAACAGAGGGCUAUUUUCAACCCUUGAGAGGUAAUGUAAAUUGCUGGUGAUGACCCCUAUCCCCUCAUUCCCUCCAAUUUCUACCAUUUCUAAUGGAAAGGUCUACCUUGUGCCUGUUCGAUUCUUGUACUUUGGAAGCAAAAAACUUCUAGAUUUCACAGAUGAAGAGAAAUUCUGCCCCAGGAAAGAAUCUGGACGUGGAGUUAAGACUUUUGGGAUGAUAUAAUGGGGUGAAAGUGUUUUACAUGUGGCAAGGACACGAAUUUUGGGGGUCUACAGCUGGAACCCCCCGUGUCUCUCAGUUUGUCGUACUGUGGGUGCUUGUGUGUUGCUGUGAUGCUGGAAGCUAUGCCACCGGGAUUCAGAUACCAGCAGGGUUGCCCAUGGAGGACAGGUUUCAGCUGAGCUUCCAGACUAAGACAGACUAGGAACAAGGACCCUAGAGUCUACUUCUGAAAAACAUGAGCCAGUGAAAACCUUAGGAAUAGCACUGGAACACUGUCUGAUAUACUGCCUGGAAAUGAGCCCCUCAGGUUGGAAGGCACUCAAAAGAUGACUGGGGAAGAGCUGCCUCCUCAAAGUACAGUCGACCUUAACGAUGUGGAUGGAGUAAAGCUUUCGGGACCUUCAUUUGCUGAUGUGGCACAACUCAAAAUGAGAAGAAACACCUGCAAACAUCCAUGAAUAAUCGGAACCUGGAAUGUAUGACCUAUGAAUCUAGGACAAUUGGAAAUCAUCAAAAAUGAAAUGGAACGCAUAAACAUCGACAUCCUAGGCAUUAGUGAGCUGAAAUAGACUAGCAGUGGCCAUUUUGAAUCGGACAAUCAUAUACUCUACUAUGCUGGGAAUGACAACUCGAAGAGGAAUGGUGUUGCAUUCAUCAUCAAAAAGAACGUUUCAAGACCUAUCCUGAAGUACAACACUGUCACUGAUAGGAUAACGUUCAUACGUCCACAAGCAAGAUCAGUUAAUAUGACUAUUAUUCAAAUGUACGCACCAACCACUAGGGCCAAAGAUGAAGAAAGAGAAGAUUUUUAUCAGCUGCUACAGUAUGAAAUUGAUCGAAAAUGCAGUCAAGAUGCAUUGAGAAUUACUGGCAAUUGGAAUGCGAAAGUUGGAAACAAAGAAGAAGGAUCAGCAGUUGGAAAAUAUGGCCUUGGUGAUAGAAACAAUGCCAGAGAUCGAAUGAUAGAAUUUUGCAAGACCAAUGACUUCUUCAUUGCAAAUACCUUCUUUCACCAACAUAAACGGCAACUAUACACACGGACCUCACCAGAUGGAAAACACAGAAAUCAAAUUCACUACAUCUGUGAAAAGACACGAUGGAAAAGCUCUAUCUCAUCAGUCGGAACAAGGCCAGGGGCCAAGUGUGGAAUAGACCAUCAAUUGCUCAUAUGCAAGUUUAUGCUAAAACUGAAGAAACUCAGAGCAAGUCCACGAGAGCCAAAAUAUGACCUUGACUAUAUCCUACCUGAAUUUAGAGACCAUCUCAAAAAUAGAUUUGACGCAGUGAACACUGCUAACUGCAGACCAGACGAGUUGUGGAAUGACAUCAAGGACAUCAUCCAUGAAGAAAGCAAGAGGUCAUUGAAAAGACAGGAAAGAAAGAAAAGACCAAGAUGGAUGUCAGAGGAGACUCUGAAACUUGCUCUUGAACUUCGAGCAGCUAAAGCAAAAGGAAGAAUUGAUGAAGUAAAAGAACUGAACAGAAGAUUUCAAAGCGCCUCUCCAGAAGACAAAGUAUUAUAAUGACACGUGCAAAGAGCUGCAGAUGGAAAACCAAAAGGGAAGAACACACUCGGCGUUUCUCAAGGUGAAAGAACUGAAGAAAAAUUUCAAACCUCGAGUUGCAAUAGUGAAGGAUUCCAUGGGGAAAAUAUUAAACGAUGCAGGAAGCAUCGAAAGAAGAUGGAAGGAAUACACAGAGUCAUUAUACCAAAAAGAAUUAGUUGAUAGUCAACCAUUUCAAGAGGUGGCAUAUGAUCAGGAACCGACGGUACUGAAGGAAGAAGUCCAAGCUGCUCUGAAGGCAUUGGCAAAAAACGAGGCUCCAGGAAUUGAUGGAAUAUCAAUUGAGAUGUUUCAACAAACAGAUGCAGCGCUGGACGUGCUCACUCGUUUAUGCCAAGAAAUAGGGAAGACAGCUUCCUGGCCAACUGACUGGAAAAACAAAAAAAAGAGAGAUCCAUAUUUAUGCCUAUUCCCAAAAAAGGUGAUCCAACUGAAUGUGGAAAUUAUAGAACAGUAUCGAUAUCACAAGGAAGCUAAAUUUUGCCGAAGAUCAUUCAAAAACGGCUACAGCAGUAUAUCGACAGGGAACUGCCAGAAAUUCAGGCCGGUUUCAGAAGAGGACAUGGAACCAGGAAUAUCAUUGCUGAUGUCAGAUGGAUCCUGGCUGAAAGCAGAGAACACCAGAAGGAUGUUUACCUGUGUUUUAUAGACUAUGCAAAGGCAUUCGACUGUGUGGAUCAUAACAAACUAUGGAUAACACUGCAAAGAAUGGGAAUUCCAGAACGCUUAAUUGUGCUCUUGAGGAACCUUUACAUAGAUCAAGAAGCAGUUGUUAAGAUGGAACAAGGGGAUACUGAUUGGUUUAAAGUCAAGAAAGGUGUGCGUCAGGGUUCUAUUCUUUCACCAUACCUAUUCAAUCUCUAUGUUGAGCAAAUAAUACAAGAAGCUGGACUAUAUGAACAAAAACAGGGCACCAGGAUUGGAGGAAGGCUCAUUAACAACCUGCGUGAUGCAGAUGACACAACCUUGCUUGCUGAAAGUGAAGAGGACUUGAAGCACUUACUGAUGAAGAUCAAAGACCACAGCCUUCAGUAUGGAUUGCACCUCAACAUAAAGAAAACAAAAAUCCUCACAACUGGACCAAUGAGCAACAUCGUGAUAAACGGAGAAAAGAUUGAAGUUGUCAAGGAUUUCAUUUUACUUGGAUCCACAAUUAACAGCCAUUCAAGCAGCAGUCAAGAAAUCAAAAGACACAUUGCAUUGGGCAAAUCUGCUGCUAAGGACCCCUUCGAAGUGCUGAAGAUGAAGAUGUCACCCUGAAGACUAAGGUGCACCUGGCUCAGACCAUGGUAUUUUCAAUGACAUUAUACGGGUGUGAAAGCUGGACAAUGAAUAAGGAAGACCAAAGAAGAAUUGACGCCUUUGAAUUCUGGUGUUGGUGAAGAAUAUUGAAUAUACCAGGGACUGCCAAAAGAAUGAACAAAUCUGUCCUGGAAGAAGUGCGGACAGAAUGCUCCUUUGAGGCAAGGAUGGCGAGAAUGCGUCUUACGUAAUUUGGACACAUUGUCAGGGAGGAUCAGUCCCUGGAGAGGGAUAUCAUGCUUGGCAGAGUACAGGGUCACCGGAAAAGAGGAAGACCCUCAAGGAGCUGGACUGACACAGUGGCUGCAACAAUGAGCUCCAGCAUAACAACGAUUCUAAGGAUGGCGCAGGGCCGGGAAGUGUUUCGUUCUGUUGUGCGUAGGGUCGCUAUGCGUCACAACCGACUCGACGGCACCUAACAACAACAACAACAAGGUGGAAUGUCAUGGACUGAAUAGAAAGGGAUAAAACGCGUUUACGAAAGUCACAGCCCAGAUCCGAUGGAAGGGAAGGUUCCCUGGGGUGUGACCUCUAUCACCUUUUAUCUUCCAAGAGAUAAAAGGAGAGAAAUGUAAUCAGAGAGAUAUAAGUACCUCAUGCCACCAAGAAAGAUGUGCCAGGAGCAGAGCACAUUCUUUGGACCUACGGUCACUGUGCUGAGAAGCUCCUAGGCCAGGAGAAAAUGAUUCAUGACAAGGACCUUCUCCCAGAAACAACAAAGAUAGAAAGCAUUGCCAGGGAGUUGGCACCCUGAAUUCAGACUUCUAGCCUCGUAGACUGGGAGAGAAUAAAUUUCUUUGUUAAAGCCAUCCACUUGUGGUAUUGCACUUAUAGCAGCACUAGAUAACUAAGACACUUAGUGAAGUAGAGGGUUAGGGAGAAAGAGGAAGACCUUGACAAGACAGACUGACACAGUGGCUGCAACAAUGGGCUCAAACACAGCAACAAUUUUGAUGAUGGGGCAGAACCAGGAAGUGUUUUGUUGUGUUGUACCUAGGGUCACUAUGAGUCAGAAUCAACUCGACAGCAUCUAAUAACAACAACAGCCACUAUGCAAGGCAGGAACGCAAGCGGAAAUCUAUAUACAACUUUUCACUGCAGCACUUUUCACAAGAAGCAAAAGAUGAACACAGCCAAUAUGUCCAUCAGCAGGUGAAUGGAUACACAAACUUUGGUACGUACACACAACUCCACAGGGUUUUCAAGGCUCUGACCUUUCAGAAGGAGAUCACCGGGAAUGUCUUCUGAGAAGUCUCUGGGUGGGUUUGAACCCCCAAACUAGUAGAUGAGCAAUUAACUGUUGGUGCAAGCCAGGGACUUCCAAUGGAAUAUUACACACACUCCCAAAAAUGAAGUCUUGAUGCAUACGACAACAUGGAUGAAGCCUGAAAACACCAAGCUGAGAAAAGUCAGUCAGUCAGAAAAGGAGAGAUGCAUUCUGAUCUCACUUAUAGGGCAGAAGCAAAUAUACACAAAACAAAGCUUAUUAGUGGUUACCAGGGGUGACAGGGAGGGGGAAGGAAGAGUUUUUGAUUAGGAUCAUUGAGUUUAUGUGAAAGGUAGUGGAAUGAUUUGGAACAUAAACCGUGAAAUGCUUGCACAGCUUGAAUAUAAGCAAUGUAACAAAUGCACAUGUAGAAAUUGUUGAAAUGGCGUGUUUUAUUAUGUAUAUUUGCAACACAAUAAAAAAAAUAACAUGAAGAUCAAUAAAAAGGAAAGAAAAGCUCUGUGGAAUUCUCGCUCUACACACACACACACACACACACACACACACACACACAUUUUUCUUCUAAAAAAAAUGAGUAAAGAAUCCCUGAGAGCAAAAAGCACAGUCAAUUACCCCCCGUUUUUAUUGGUCCAUUUCUUGUGGUGACCUCAUAAGGAGCCAAUUCUUUGGAACUCCAAGCCCCUAUAUAAGUCCCUGGAAACCUAGGUUUGUGGUCUUUCUGGCUCAGGAAGCUCCUUCAGUGACCUGAGACAUCGUGACCAAACUUGGCUUGUUUUCUCUUUAAAUUGUGGUUUUUCUAUUUCCUCGCCAGCUAUUCUUAUUUUCUCUUUGUUUUUCCUCAUUUGCAUUCAUUCGUUUUUCAUUUUAUUCUUCCUUUACAUCCUCAAUUUUUCUUUUUUUCUAUGUACUUGUUAAUUUUUUUAUCAUCUUACUAUUAUUGUUUUAUUUUGUAUUUUUUCUUAUCCUCAUGUUAUUUAUUCCUUUUUUGAAUCUUUCUCAUUGAUUUCUUGUUUUGUUUAUAUAUACAAUUUAUCUUAUUUUUAUCAGUUUUUAAAAUUUUACUUCCUCUUUUCUCAUUUUACCUUUUUGAUUAUAUUUUAACUUUUUCUCAUUUUUUCCAUAUUUCAUUAAGUUUUUAGUCACCACUUUUUAGGGUUUUGGGUUUUUAAGUUUUUAAUCCUACCACCAGGGCACCUCUUAUCCCAAAGCCCGCUACGCCUUCGCACCAUAGCCAACAUGCUGCAGAGCCACUUAGCCUUCUCUGCUGUGGAGGAAACUCAUGUGGGACGCUACCACCUCCUCAGAACCAUCGGCAAGGGGGCAUCUGCCAAGGUCAAGCUGGCCCAGCACAUCAUCACCGGCCAAGAGGUAGCCAUUAAAAUAAUUGACAAGAUCCAGCACACGUCCUCCGACCUCCACAGACUAUACAGAGAGAUAGAAAUUAUGAAGGAUCUCCAUCAUCCAAAUAUUGUAAAGCUGUUUGAAGUCAUAGAGAAUGAGCACGCCCUCUAUAUAGUCAUGGAGUAUGCAAGUGGAAGGGACCUCUUUUACCACCUAGUGAAUCAUGGCUUCAUGAGCGAAAAAGAGGCCCAAACGAAAUUCCAACAAAUAGUGUCAGCGGUGAAGUACUGCCACGACAAGAGUAUUGUUCAUAGGGAUCUGAAAACAGAAAACCUACUAUUGGACAAGCGAAUGAACAUCAAACUUGCAGACUUUGGUUUAGGAACUGAAUUCACCCCAGGGAGCAAGCUGGAUACCUUCUGUGGCACUCCCCCUUAUUCUGCCCCAGAACUCCUUCAGGGAGAAAAGUAUGACGGACCCCCAGUGGAUGUGUGGAGCCUGGGAGUCAUCCUAUACUUCAUGGUAACUGGAUCUCUGCCUUUUCGUGGGAAGACCUUGACGAAGCUGCGAGAGCAGGUGCUGCAGGGACAAUAUCACGUUCCCUUCCACAUGUCUAGCCAGUGUCAACACCUGCUCAGUAAAAUUUUCAUUCGUGACCCAAGAAAGAGAGCCACGUUAGAGGACAUCCUGGCACAUCCAUGGAUGAAGGUGAGCCAUGAAGAAAAACAAAAGCUCUAUGUGCAGCCACUCCCAGACUACGAUAACCACUGGCACACUGAGGUGACAGUGAACACGGGUUACGUGCAGGAAGACAUUCAUGACUCACUGUUGAACCACAAUUACAAUGAUGCGAACGCCACCUAUCUGAUCCUGCGUCACGACACAUAUGAGAUUGACAGCCACACCAGCACCCUGGAACCCCAGGCUGAAGCCCAUUGCACCGAUAGCCACACUCCUUCCUCAUCCCAUGAAGUGCCUCCUACCGUCUGUCCUAAACCCAAACAGCGUAGUUACACCGAGCCCACCAUUCCCACCUUUGGUUACUACAUCCGCGAUGCUUUGAACACUCUCUCUGAGGGAGGGAUGGGGACCUCCAUGGUGUCUACUUCUCCAUCAUUCUCCCUGGCCCUGGCCCACCUGCGGCAGCAAUCUACCACAGCCUGGGCACAGCCCAACCAGGACUCUGACCUGUAUGCCAAGGGGAGAAACAGUGAGGUGCCACAGCCCAUCACACCACCCCAGUGUGUUUCUGUGCCUUCCUCCUCAGCCUACACCAUCAACGAGAGUGCCGGGGCCCCGGAGAAAACCAGUUUUACCCAGGGAAUGUCAAAACUAAGCUCCGUAAAUGAGGAGCAGGUGCAUGAGUUACCUGACCAGCCGAGUUUGCCCCAGACUGUGAGUCUAGCCUCUUCCUCUGAGGAGCAGGUGCAUGAGUUACCUGACCAGCCGAGUUUGCCCCAGACUGUGAGUCCAGCCUCUUCCUCUGUCAGCAGCCAGGGCUGGAAGCGGGCCACUGGGAGGUUCUUUAAGCUCAUGAGAAGAUGCCUUUGUUUUACAUAUGACAAAAAGGACCACAAAGCAUCGGACAGCAAAGCUGCACAAAUGAUCAAACCUCAACAGGCCAAACCACGCUCUCUCAAAUUUACCUGGAGGAUGAAGAUCACCAGUUCCUUGGAGCCCGACGAGAUGCUGCAGGAGAUCUGUCAAGUGUUGGAUGCCAAUGGCUGUGACUGGGAUCUCACACACAAAUAUACACUGCUGUGUAUGAAUGGCACACCAGGACAACAGGACUUCACUCAGUGGAGGAUGGAGGUGUGCACCCUGCCUCGGAGGACUCUCAAUGGGGUAAAAGUGAAGAGAAUUUCAGGGACCUCUGAGGCCUUCAAUAACAUUGUCUCAAAAAUCACCAGUGACCUUGCACUUUAAAAUGGGGGCAGCAGCUGCCUGAGAGAAAACAGGAGUUCCAAGGUUUAAGCUCCUCUGUAAUUUUGAAGGCAAUGUUCGGAAAACCCACCUAAAAAAGGUGCCCGAAAUUCACUUCACUUGAACCCUGUUGAGCAAUCAUCAAGGCAGUGUGCAUACCUUCAUCCUCCACUGCACAAAGUCCUCUUGGCCUGCACGUCACGUGUGCACAGCAACACAUAUGCCCGGGAGACAUCCCACUCGCAGCUGUUGGCAUCGCACACUUGGCAGAUCUUCCACAUCAUCUCGUUGGGCUCCAUGGAGCUGGUUCCUCCACGUAAACUUCAGCGACAACAGCUUGGCCUCUCCAGGUUUAAGCACUUCCACCUCGUCUUUGCUCUCAGAUUCCUACAGAUCCGCUGCAGCAAACAUGAAGCAAAGAAUUCAUGAAAACAAAACAAACACUCCCAAAUUCAUCCGUUCAGACAGACAAAGGAAAGCUUGUAAUGGGGAAAGCCACUUGAUUCACUAACACGGCCAUCGAGAUCUCUCUGGAGUCCCUUGGGAUGCACUGAACAGCAAACCAGAAAGUUGUCGGUUUAACUCCACACACAGAUGACUUGAAAGAAAGGCCUCCAGUCUAUUUCUGAAACAUCUUGAAGCUGAAGAAAAUCAGACCAAGUCCACAAGAGCCAAAGUAUGACCUUGAGCUUGUCCCACCUGAAUUUAGAGACCAUCUCAAGAAUACAUUCACUGACUGAACACUAAUGACCGAAGACCAGGCGAGUUGUGGAAUGACAUCAUAUGUUCUUCCUUGGGGAAAAAUCUGGAGUUUAGCCAUCAAAUUAGAUCCUGGGCCAUGCGAAACUCAACAUGGAAGACUUUCAAGUGGGCCUAAGUAUUUCAAGAAUAGGCAUCAAUUCUAUUAUACAUUGGAUCCUUUUCUGAACCUGUUUAUUGUUUUCAGAGGGAGACCACCUGCCCUAUCGUCUCCACCCUAGGAGAAAUUUUUCUAGCACACCCAUUUAUAGAACUUUAGUAGCCUUGGAGGUGGCAUGCCAAUAAAUUUUGCCCAAAUUGACCUUGCUUCUCAGCUUUUCAUGGUUGGCUCUGUCUCCUGUACAGUGACAUGUCUAUAUUUUUUAACACUGGGUAUCAGUUUCCAACAAAUAUUUCCGUAUUAAUGGUUUUGGUAGGCCUAGCACACACUGGAAGCAGGUAGUUGUCAAUUUGGUUAGACUCUCCCACGUGAAGAGUGCUUAGAUAGCUCCAUGGGAUUAAAUCCAUUUUCCAUAAGAAAUUGCUUUGCUAUAACCCCCCAGCAGCCAUGCCUGAUUACUGGGGGCACAGCCACAAUUACAAUUCC